AACCCGGCAGCCGCGCAAAAGAUGUGACCAUGCCCGCGAAGCUUCCGGUGAACUUCUUCUCCUCGACGUCGCCAGUCGUCGAUUUUUUCCUGGGGCAGCUGGACCACGCAGAGCUUGUCCGCCGAGACUCGGAAGUCUCCCUCUUCUUCUUCUACGCCCCGUGGUGCGGGCAGUCCCUGGCCGCCCGGGAAGACAUCGAGAAAGUGGCCAGCAGCUUGGCCGACCAGGUGCUGUUUGUCGCCAUCAAUUGCUGGUGGAACCAGGGGAAGUGCCGGAAGCAGAAACACUUCUUUCACUUCCCGGUGAUCUACCUGUACCAUCGGAGCUUUGGGCCCAUUGAAUACAAAGGGCCGCUGAAUGCCGUUUACAUUGAAAAAUUUGUCCGCCGGGUGAUGAGGCCACUGCUGUACAUCUCGUCUCCGUCCAGGCUGCAGCGGUUUCUCUCCAGUUACGAGCCUGGAGUCUUGGGAUAUUUUGAGUUCAACGCAUCGCCUCAACCCCCGGGUUACCUGACGUUCUUCGCUUCAGCCUUGCAUUCCUUAAACAAAGAUUACCUAGGGACAGUCCACUUUGGCGUGAUCACCGAUAAGCUGAUCGCAAAAGAGAUCCCGCUGACCAACUCAGGGAGUGUCUACUUGCACAGACACGUCAAUGCCUCUCUGCUCUUUCCGCACGAAGCCAUGAACUACACCGCCGAAAACGUCUGCCGGUGGGCCUUGAAGAACCAAGAGACGUUCGUCCGCUGGCUGAGGCCUCACGGAGGGAAAAGCCUCUUGCUGAACAAUGAGCUGAAGAAAGGCCCGGCCCUGCUCCUCUUCCUUCCCUUUGACCCCUUGGCAGAAGACCAGCCGCUUGUCGAUGAGAUUUCCAGCCUGGCUUUGGCCUACAACCGCUGCAACCGAAGCGGCCCGGGAGGUCCGGGCACCGACCGUCUGGGAGGAGGAGGAGGAGGAGAGACGUCGCCUGCCACCGGCCCCUUCCCGCCGGCCGAGCCCUUCCCCAUCUCCCAGUCCCCGUGCUGCAACACCGUGGUGCUCCCCCCGCAGCCGCCUGCCAUCUCCCGGACCCACAACGUCUGCGAGCUGUGCGUCAACCAGACCGUGGGGGUCCAGCCCAGCUGGCUGGGCGGCCUGCACUGCAGCUUCUUCGAGAUCGAGGCGGCCCUGGACUCGUUCUACCUCAAGGAGCGGACCUUCGUCCAGGUGGUCUCGAAGACCGCCGCCUUGUGCAGCAACUUCCUGAGUUCUUACAGCCCUUUCAGCUACUACACGGCCUGCUGCCGGACGGUCGACGGGGGCGUGCGGAGCCUUCUCUUCGGCUCCCCAAAGACCCCUCCCCCCCUGCCCCCGGGCGUGGCCUUUCCUUCCCACGGGAAGAGGUGGGAAGAGGAGCCCCCCCGCUCUAUGCCUCACAUUGAGGACAGGAGGGGUCUUUCCUUGGACAUCACGGGCCUGAGCUGCCGGACCAACAAGACCUUGAACCUGUACCUGCUGGACUCGAACCUCUUCUGGAUGUACGCGGAGAGGCUGGGGGCGCCGCGGCUGGCCCCCACGAAGGAGUUUGCCGCCAUCGUGGACCUGAAGGAAGAGGCGCACUUCGUCCUGGGCCAGAGCCGGGCCUUGGUCCGGCCUCAUCUAGAAACCUUCAUCCAGAACUACAGUGUUCUGUACAGCCCCUUGAGAAGGCACCUGAUGGGCAGCCAGAGGUCCGCCCGCUUUGGCGCUCAGCACAGAAUCAGAGAAGUCGCCACCGACACUUUCCAGGAGGUGGUGCUGAUGAGCGACAAGGACGUCUUGCUGCUGUAUUACGCUCCGUGGUGUGGUUUCUGUGUGGCCCUCAACCACAUCUUCAUCCAGCUGGCUCGGAUCCUGCCCGAUAACUUCGUCGUGGCCAGGGUGGACGUGUCGCAGAACGACCUUCCCUGGGAAUUCAUGACCGACCACCUCCCCAACAUUCUCUUUUUCCCUCGCCAGAGGAAGGACCAAAGCGUGAAGUUCCCCGAGGAGUUCCCGGUCACCCUCCCCAACCUUCUCAGAUUCCUCCUCCGCCACUCGAGCCCCCGCCUCCAGGAGUGCCGCGUCUCCCUCCUGGAAAGGGAGAUCCAGCAACUGAGGGCGGAGAUCCGGGCCCUGCGGGAAGCCCAGGCCUUGCUCCAGGCCCAGCUCGCGGAGGCCCGGAAAGAAGAGCGGCGCCUCCUGCAGGAGAGCCGGGUCUUGCAGAAGCAGCACGAGGCCCUCCAGAGCCAGCGGGAGCACCUGCAGGGGCUCUGCGACCGGAAGUCCCGGGAGCUGCAGGGCCUGGCCGGGAAGCUGCAAGAAUUGGCCGAGGCCUCGAAGACCCUGCUGGCCGAGAAUGCCCUGCUCAGAGUCCUCCUGGCUGCUGCGGCGGAACGGGGGACCACGGCAGAGCCGGACUCCAGCCCCACCCGGGAGGAGGAGGAGGAGGAGGAAGAUGACGACGACAGCACCCGCCUGGAGGCCACAAUGGCUUCGGAGCGCAGCCGAGAGAACUGGACAGAGCAGCCCACGUAGCUGGAGGCAGGGUUGGACAGGGACACGCGCCGUAACAAAAAAACAAUCAAGUGACUCUCAAUCGGGAAGAUCUUUAUGCAAAUUUUUAUUGAAAUUUCAUCAUAAAGACUUUGGGGGGGGGGGGCAAGACUACAAAAGGUGUGCGGGGAAAUCAGAUGACCUAUUUUUGUAACGAGUAAAUUAACCAGGUCUCGGCGUUCGGGGCCGCCCUUCGCACUCUCCGAUUGCACUAAUUUGAUAACAAGUUUUUUUGUACUACUGCAGUGAAAACGUCAACCGAGCGGGGAAGGUCGGCUGUGUGACAAUUCCCUCCCCCCCGCCCUCCGGUCGGGGCCAGGUUUUUUGGGCUGCAUCAGCUCCCCCACCCCCAAAGGAAGUCUUAAUUUAUGCUUUCUUGGAGAAGUCUAAAUGGGUGGUCAUCUUUUGACGUUUUUCAUUUACAGAACGGGGGGGGGGGCUGCUCAGGCAUGUGCGUUUGCAAAAACCGAAUUUAUGGGGAGGGGAAAAAAUUAAAAGGGUGGCUCCCCUCCUUCCCUCUCGUGACUCUCUUUUUCAAGCGGUGAUCCUGCACCAUCCUGCCCUCUGCUCUUAGGAAGAAAUUGGCUUUAUACCCCUGCCCUUCACUUGGCGUCUCAGAGUGGCUGACAGUCUCCUUUCCCUCCC